AUGACGUGGAAUUCCGGAUUGAUGCAAUAUACUGAAGCUCCCAAGGUCGAUGAGAGUAGAGUGAGGCUAACCUCCUCAUCUUUUCAAACGUUGGCGGGAAAAUCCUUAACAUCUCUCAAUCUUCUCUUCUUCACCAUGGUCUCUUCAACUCAUCUCCCUUGCGGAUGCCCACCAUCACCACCAAAGACUCCAAAACAGCCUUCAGUAAAGCUACACCUGACCUUAGCGGGGCCUGAGCCUGCCCGCGCUUGCCCCAAGGACAUCCUUAAGCUAGGAGUGUGUGCCAACCUAUUGAAUGACUUGUUGCACCUUGUUGUCGGAACCCCAUCAAAGGCACCUUGUUGCAGCCUCAUCCAGGGGCUUGCUGAUGUGGAAGCUUCUGUUUGCCUUUGCACUGCCAUCAAGGCCAAUGUUUUAGGCAUCAAUCUUAAUGUCCCCAUCUCAUUGAGCUUGCUCCUCAAUUACUGUGGAAAGAAUCUUCCUACCAGCUUCCAAUGCGCCUAGUUCCAUAUAUUGGUCACAUCAUCAUGAACUACUUGGCCUUCCACUUCUAC